CUUCGAAAGUCUAGCAACAAUCAUGGCGCCCCCCACGGAGCAUGUUUACGCUGUUUACGCAUGUGUUUACGACACGACCGGCUUGGUCGUAGUCGUGGUUUAAGAGGGUCGCUCACUUGUUUUCGGGCCCUAAUCAUAACGCACGUGGACAGAGAUGUCAAAGUCGAAGAAGGGGCUCGGUCAAGUCAGUACAACAGUUAUCACGAAACUACCGAAAACUUGUGUCAAACCUGCGUCAACGACUAUCCCUAAGACCGACGAGCCCGACGAAGAGGAGGAUUUGCAAGAGCGGUUCGAACGCGAGCUGUGUUGGUGCGUGGAGCAGCUAAACAUUACGCUGUCAGAAACCGACCCCAGCAAAAAGAAAUACUCUGAGUACCUGCGCGCCCUUCAAACUCUCCAGAACCCAAAGACCUGCAUGGUCAAAAAGCGUCAAGUCAUGAGCACCACACUCGGAAACUACAGGGACAAAAUGAGGCAACAAAAGUCAAAAUUUAUGGCAGAAUGUGCACGAAAGACAAAUCUGCAAACUAGUGGCAGUGCCGUGCCAAAGUCCAUCUUCCUGAAAACGACUGCGUCGAAGCAUGGCAAGGACGAGGCUCCAUUGCCCUCGCAGUUCCAGUUCGGGUUUGCCAUUGACGAGGAGGCAUCCUGAGCCGGGCUCCGUCCUCGCCUGACACCAGGCCGUGGGUCUGACUUUCCCUGCCUCUGGUGCUGACUUUCCUGGACGGAUCGCAGCAGGGUGUUGGGUCUGCUAGUGUUUUUGAGCGGGGUUCGCUCGACACUUCCGGGAGUGUCCGCUCGCUUCUUGGCCACCUUCUUCUGUAGGCUGGCUUUGGUUUUUCCCUCUGAUAUGGAAACAAAAAAACAAAAAAUUGUGGGCUUGGUAAGGCUAAAUUUGGCACCCAGAUAUCUGGCCCGCAAAACGCGAUAAUCUACAGACGGUCCCAGCGUCUGUGCCAUGUUAGAAAAGCAUCAAAUGAGGGUGUAGCAUGGAGAGGGUUUGCUGCAGGGCCAUUAAGGACUCCAAGAACUGUUAGACAAGCGGGUGGUAAAUGCUGAAGUACCAUCAGUCUUUUUGUGUUUUUUUUCUGUCCGUCUUUGAAACGGCUUUUUAAACUGAACUACACAUUUGGAAUGUGUGAAUAAGUCAGUCGCAAAGUAGAAAAAACAAUUGUGUUAAACACACUUUUUUUUUUUUUUUUUUCUGCUUUUACACGACAAUUAGUAAAGCCGCCAGACCCCAUGCGUCAUUGUGGCGUGGCGGCAGGCUUGCUAGACAUGAAGCUACAAUAACAAUAUAACCAUGAUUUCGUGACUUUCACAUCACACUCCGUGUGGCAUGCACAUUAAAGGGGCUAUGACGUCCCAAAAAAGAAAAGAAAGAUUAUUGUUUAUCUUCUGCUUAACUUUCAAAUUCAUGUAUCAAAAUACCGAAGCCAACAAUGCCAUGGUUUGGCUUGUACCUUCUUUUAAACCAACACCUAAUACUUGACCACUCACUGAGCAGGGUGGCAUUUAUUGCAAGCAGAUAUAAUGUCAUCCACCUGUUUGGCUUGCGUUACACGGGCUGUCUAAGGAUGGUGAGCCAACUCGGCAGCAGAGUUUGGCUGAGGUGUCGGUGGUUAGUGCAUCGGUAGUUCUAGACAUCUGGUUGUUUCACGACUAGCUGUAGGGGCCUUGAUUUCUUUUACUAGCUUUGACAUUGUCAAUGGUUUGUAACUGAAACAGAUGUAAACACCAGACCACGAUCGCAACUCGGCCUCUUGUUCACCUUGUCAAAUUAUCCCACUAACAGAUACAGAAUAAGUAAUGUCAUGGGUGAAAAUUUCCAUAAAUAAAAAAGCAUGGAUAAAAGAAUUACAAGAAAAAUAUAAUCCUAAA